AUGCAGACCGAAGCACAAAGCUCGCGGAACGAGAUGUCAGAGUUCUAUUACCCCACAGCUCUUCAAGCAGAGCGCGCCCGCAUCGCCGCCGAAAACAACCUCAGGCGAGAAACGCGGCGAGGAAACGCCAGCCUGCGGCGACUAGUCGGGCAUAUUGCCGUACUGGAGGGACUCGACCAUACGCAAAGUGAGCAGUCGUCAGACCCUCCUCCGCCCAGCUACAGCGAGAGCGUCACGAAGCCGCGAUCAACUUCCCGACCAGAUAUCUGCCUCGACUCGGCAUCCGCGCUGCCCAACUCAGAUGAUACUCCAGGACUGGAAGCAGACGAGCAAAUUGAGGACGACUCCAAUGAUGAUAAAUGGUGGAAUGACGGUGACGUUAUGAUUGAUAAUGAGUCCGAUGCAGACCUCGCGCUGGUGAGGGUCUACUCACAUCCACCGACGUAUAUCCAAGAGACGCAUUACGGCAAGCGGGCUUGCAAUCAAUCGAAAACUUUUGACCUCUUCGAAACGGCCGGGGCGCUAUGCGAGAUGAUGGGCAAGGUUAGAAAUUCAGCUUCCUUCCCAAGAGUUGGCAAGCAGCAUCGGAAGCUUCUGAUCGAGGAAAUAAUUUUUACGGAAGAAACGGGUGCUAUUCCGGAAGGGUUGCUUGACUCGUCGAACACGAAGCCUGGCAAGGUAAAGCACAAGUGA